UACAGUUAGCUUACCAAAGGAUUGUGUUUAUAAAUAAUAAUGGAUAUAUGGCUUAAGACCGAGUCAUUCAAAAGAAAGACCGAAGACACCGGUGGAAUGUUUCUUAGGAGUUUUAAGAUCAUCAUGGGUAGCAUGUUGGAUGUGUUAAAGUGGAUGUGGUACCACAGAAACUACAUCAUCAUCGUCGUCACGCCACUCGCCUUCCUUCCCCUGCCUCUGUGCGUUCACCCAGACUAUUCACAGGAAGCAAAAUGUGGCUUUGUGAUCAUCCUGAUGGCUUUGUAUUGGUGCACGGAGUGCAUGCCUCUGGCUGUGACCGCUCUUCUCCCUGUCGUCCUGUUCCCAAUGAUGGGCAUCAUGAAGGCUGGAGAUGUCAGUAUUGAGUAUUUGAAAGACUCCAACAUGCUGUUUGUGGGCGGUCUCUUGGUGGCCAUUGCAGUGGAGCACUGGAACCUUCAUAAACGCAUCGCUCUUCGAGUUCUUCUCCUGGUUGGUGUUCGUCCAGCCCUGUUGAUGAUGGGAUUUAUGAUUGUGUCGGCCUUCCUAUCCAUGUGGAUCAGCAACACGGCCACCACAGCCAUGAUGCUGCCCAUCGCUCAGGCUGUGCUGCAGCAGCUGCAGGCAACAGAGACACAGGCAGAAGAACGAGACUUCCAGAACGCAGCAGAAGAAAACCUCGGGUUUGAGAUGGAGAGUAGAAAAAUUAAGCAGGGAAUCCCAGAUGAGAAAAAUACAGACACAAAGCUGCAGCAGGAAAAUGGAAUAGUGAUUCCAGAAUCCAUGAGGGAGAAUAGGAGGAAAGCUAUGGAGGAAAAGUACAGCCGCCUGACUAAAGGAAUGAGCCUGAGUGUGUGCUACUCUGCCAGCAUCGGUGGCACUGCUACCCUGACAGGCACCACUCCCAACCUCAUCCUCAAGGGUCAAAUAGACAAGCUCUACCCUGGAAAUGGGGAUGUGAUCAACUUUGCCAGCUGGUUUGGCUUUGCUUUUCCCAACAUGGUGCUCAUGCUGGUAAUCUCCUGGCUCUGGCUUCAGUUCAUGUUUCUUGGCUUCAACCUUAAGAAGUCUUUUGGCUGUGGCAUAAAAAGUGACAGAGAUAAAGAGGCGUAUGCAGUGAUGAAAGAGGAGUACAAGAAGCUGGGCGGCAUGAAGUUUGCAGAAGGAGGAGUACUCACCAUCUUCAUUUUGCUUGUGCUCCUGUGGUUCACCAGAGAGCCAGGCUUCAUACCUGGCUGGGCCACAGUUCUCUUCAACAAGGAGGAUUCGUUUGUGUCGGAUGGAACAGUGGCCAUCUUUAUGUCAAUGCUCUUCUUUGUCAUCCCAUCUCAGCUGUUCUCAGGUGGCAGCUAUGGUUUCACCGAAGCAGGUAAAAGGAUUAAGGCACCUCCAACUCUGCUGAACUGGCAGGUGGUGCAUGAGAGGAUGCCCUGGAACAUCAUCCUGCUGCUGGGAGGAGGAUUCGCUCUGGCUGCCGGCAGUGAGGUUUCAGGUUUGUCUAAUUGGCUUGGAUCUAGUCUGGCUCCCCUGCAGAAAAUCCCUCCGUUUGCCAUCUCCAUUCUGCUCAGUCUGCUGGUGGCAACAUUCACCGAAUGCUCCAGCAACACAGCAACCACCACCUUGUUCCUGCCCAUUCUUGGUUCAAUGGCCACAGCUAUCGAGUUGCACCCGCUUUACGUGAUGCUGCCUUGCACCAUCGCUGCCUCUCUUGCUUUCAUGCUGCCUGUUGCCACUCCACCCAACGCCAUCGCCUUCUCUUUUGGAAACCUCAAGGUUAUUGACAUGGUGAGAGCUGGAUUCAUGCUGAACAUCAUUGGGAUCCUCUGCAUAAAUUUGGGCAUCAACACCUGGGGAUACGUCAUGUUUGACAUGGGCACGUUUCCUCAGUGGGCCAAUAACACCCACAGUAUACCCUGAGUGGAAGCACUGCCUGUAAUGCCUUUUAAAGUAUUUCUAUAUCUGUUAGCACAACAUCAUGAAGUGGGGUCUGACCAGAGCUGAGUAAAUGUAAUAACUUAUUUUAUAUAUAAGUUUUGAUGCAUAAAAGACAUUACUCAGGUUUAUCCUGAGUCCCAUUCACUGACCAGUAAGAAAAGCUUUUAAAAAGAUACAACUGUCAUGCAAAAUUAAAACGUCAAUUUGUCCAAAUUUGUAAAACUUAAAGGUUUCUAUUCCACCAAAGAUGACAAAAAAUAGACUUUAUUUAAACAAAUACAUAUCAUAGAUGUACAAAACAGACUAUUGUAUGAUUAUUUAAUUAUGAUAUAGUGUUGAUAUUUUUAUUCAGCAGCUUGAUGAAGUAUAGAGAAAAAACUUUAAUCUGUGCAAUUUUUAUCUUUAAAUCUUUUUAUCCUUGUUUAUCCUUGUUUAACCCGUGUUUUUUACUUUAUGAUGUAAAGCUCACAGCAGAAAAAACAUUGGAGGUUUUUUCCUUGUACACAUUUUUCUGAAAGUGUCUUCACCACAUUAUUGAUCUCAUCUACAAAUGUUGCACAUAUUUUUCAGUGAUUUUUUAAAAUCCUGUUACUCUAACAAACAUGCAUAGGAAAUUGAAAUAAAUGUAAAUUAACUUUAUGUGUUAAUUUAAUUUAUUGCUUUAAGUUUAAUUACAAUAAGUUGUAACUUUUGGUUGCAUUUUUGGUUGUGUUGUGUUUUUUGUUGUACUGUUUUUAUCACAAGCACGUUUCUUAACUUGUAAAUAUCACAGAAUAGGACUUUUUCAUUGUUUACAUACUGUACUUUGUUUUUUAAAUCUAAUUUUUAGAAGAUGCAACUUUAGCUGCUGAGCAAGUGAAAACACAAGCCUGGUCAUUCAAACUCAAAUUGUCAGGAUGAAGUGAUUUUAUCCUAAUAAAAUGAUAUUAAAAUAUUUGUUUUGGUUUGUAGA